AUGCCAGAAGAAACGGUUCGGCCUGCCUUUGAAGGUCGUGAGCGACCACUCAUUUCUUAUGGCAUUGCCUUCCCCGCAGCUACUGCCCGUCAUCUCACCGAUACCUUCAAGGCCUCGCGUGUAUAUGUGGUCUGCUCGGGAUCACUGGCGCGAAACACAGAUGUAAUAGCCCAGCUGGAGACGACUCUGGGACCAAAACUGGUUGGCCGUCGAAUUGGUAUGCAAAGCCACACUUUGUGGUCAGAGGUGCUGGAGAUCACCCAAGACAUUCGAACUGUGCAUGCUGAUCUGCUCUUGACUGUCGGAGCUGGGAGCUUGACCGAUGGUGCCAAGAUUGUUGCAUUGGCACUCGCAAACGAGGUCAGCACACCAGAGGAACUUGAAACCCUUGCAUCAGGUCCCAAACAACGAAAAGAGAUUAGAGCACCGACUCUCCCAAUCGUCUCCGUGCCCACCUCUCUCUCCGCUGGCGAAUACUCCAAUUUCGCCGGCGGCACGGAAGAUAAGUCAAAGCGCAAACACAGCUUUCAAGCACCGACUCGUGGACCCCAGCUGGUAAUCCUUGACCCAGAGCUGGUGAAAACCACUCCAGAUUCAAUCUGGCUUAGUACCGGCGUGCGCGCAAUUGACCAUUGUGUUGAAACCCUGUGCGCGGUGGCCGGCACGACCGAGAAAUCAGAUAAUUUAGCUCGGCGUGGACUAAGCCAGCUGGUCCCCGGUCUGUUGCGGUGCAAGAAAGAUCGCGCAGACAGUGAUGCGCACUUGCAAUGUCAACUGGGCUCCGUGGAUGCCAUGGCGGCGUGUACGAGCGGGUCGAUUGAGUUGGGUGCUAGUCAUGGGAUUGGACAUCAGCUUGGUCCACUAGGCGUCGGCCACGGCGAGACCAGCUGUAUUCUACUUCCCGCUGUGUGUAAGUUCAACGCAAAGCACAACGCCAACCGUGAGCAACAAGACAAAGUGCGCGAAUUUCUCAUCCAAGAUCCGGUUGUACUGGAAGUUCUACGGGGCCGUUCGGUUACCGUCGAAACGUCCGACCUGGGCGAUAUUCUGGAUGUCAUCAUCCGUGAACUGGGAAUGCCUCGUAGCUUGAGCGAUUUCCAUGUAGGACGUGACAAAUUGGAUGUAUUGGCCGAAAAUAGUCUGCAUGAUCGUUGGUGCAAGACCAAUCCGGUGCCACUCAAGGAGAAGGAACAGGUAUUGGAGAUUCUGGAAAUGGUGGUUUAA